UUUAGUAUUUUGUAAAUCCUUAUCAUACCCUCCACUCAAGUUUCUCUUUUCUAAACUGAAUAGGUCUAGCCUCUUUAGUCUCUCCUCGCGUGGAUGCCCCUCCAUACCGCUAAUCAUCCUUGUUGCCCUUCUGUGGACCUCUAGCUCUGAUAUAUAAUUUUUAGAUGUGAGGACCAGAAGUGGGCACAGUAUUCAAGGUGUAGGUGCAACAUAGAUUUAUAAAGAGGCAUAACAAUACUUAGUUUGCCAGUAUUGCAAACAUGUUUAAUCAGUUAUCUUUUAUCACCCCAAGAAAUCCUUGCCCCUCAUAAUUUCUCUACACUCAUGGCCACAAAAUCACUCUUACACCACCAGCUCUUCAUUUUUCACUCAUUUUUUUUAACUCUGGAAAAGUACUAGAGUGCCUUUUCUGUUGCAAACAAGGUUCUUUGGGUAAAUCUGAUAUCUUUUAUUAGACCAACUCAAAUAGUUGGAAAAAGUCUUCAUAGCAAGCUUUUGGAUAUAAAUACCCUUUGUCAGGCAGAGGAAGCAUCUGCAGUUGGUGUGCGCACUUCCUGGAUGGGAUGAAUAGUAAAGAAGCCAGAGGCUGGUAUGCAAGAAAGGCAGUCAGUGACGAUGUAAAUUGAGGAGUCAGUUUUCUGUUGCAAAGAACUCGAGAAGACCACAAGAGAUAGAGGACAGUCUGUCUGCAGCAACCUGUGAAUCAGACAUAGAGAUGAAAUUGAAAAAGAACAUUUUUCACAAACCUCCUAAGUCACCAAAGUCUCCAUACAGUUCCAGCACAUGCCUAUAUUCUAAAAAGCCUGCACUUGGGAGAUCAUUGAAAGGAACAGGAAACAUAUUCUUUGAGAGCCCAGCAGCCAAGACAUCGAGGCAGAUUUGGCUAGGAUCUCUGCAACAAGGUAUGAACCAAACUCUGAAGUCAGAUGUUGAGAUGGGGCACAUUCGGAAUAAGCUCUCCAGUAGCACUCCGGAGUAUCUGAAGGAAGCUUUAGGCAUGAAGAAGCCCAAACACUCACGUUCUUCUAGCAAUGGCUACAUCCCUGGAACUCCUGACUACAAAGAGAAGGAGGAUAUGUAUGAUGAGAUUAUUGAACUGAAGAAGAAAAUCCAGGCUCAGAAAAGUGAAGGGGAUCGGCUGAAAACAAAGCUCCGACGACUGGAGGAGGAGAAUAGCAGGAAGGAUCGACAGAUUGAGCAGCUUUUGGGCUCUGACUUUGUCCGGACUCAGGCAGAGAAGAAUGAUACUGGAUGGAUAAUCAGUGGAUUAAAGCAGAAGAUUCUCAAGCUGGAACAGCAGUGCAAAGAGAAAGAUAACACUAUCAACAAAUUACAGACAGAUGUGAAGACUACAAAUUUGGAAGAGAUGAGGAUUGCUAUGGAGACUUACUAUGAGGAGAUUCAUCGUCUCCAAACCCUCCUUGCAAAAUCAGAGGCUGCGCGGAAAAAGUCCCCUCCAGAGGGCAAAGAGACCCAGAAACGGCUGAAAAUGCUUAAUGCUGCUGUCCUCAGAUUAACUAAGAACAUCACAGAGCUGCAGGAAGAGAAUAGAAGCCUGAAAGCAGAUCUAGGGCAAACACGGAGCAGCUCCCCUGCUUGCAGGAAAAGGAAAAAUUACAAUGAGUGGAGCAGACAGAGGCUGGUGAGACGGAUUUCAGAACUGGAAAAAAAAGUGGAUGAGCUGGAGAACAUGUCAUUGUUGUCAUUGGAAAAUGGCACGUCACCGUUAUCUGCUCUGCCACCUUCAGCUUCUGUACAGCUGGAUCAACCAGCUUCUCAGGAACCUGACUACCUUAGAGAGUGUGAGCGACUCCGAGUGCUGGUAAAGCAACUUAAGGGUGACAGAAGCACACUUCAGAGUCUGCUGGCCAGUAAAGAUUCAGAGGUGAAGCUGUUACAGCAAGCAAAGAUUGAAAUGGAGCAAGAACUACAAAACCUGCAAGAGAAGGGGAGAGAGAAGAGUGAAAAAGAAGAGGCUUUAAGGGAAGAAAUCCAGAGACUUACAGAGCAAGUGAGAGAACUGGAGUCAAAACCUGAGCAAGACAGGAGACAAAUGGGAGAUGAACCCAUAGAAACUCUAAACAAGCCUUCAUCUGCCUCCUUUCUUGUGGAUAAAGACAGCCAGAGAAAAGAGCAAUCAGCCAAACUCAUCCAGAGACAGUGGAAGAUGUACAGAAAGAAGAAAGAAGAAAUUGCCUUGGAUGAGGCGACUGUUGUGCUUCAGGCAGCUUUCAGGGGACAUUUAGCUCGGCAGAAACUGUUACUGAGCAGCACACUCAGUAGAAAAUUUCACACCACAAAUGGCCUUGGAAACAAGAGCUCCAGCGUGUCUCAUGGGUCCAGCUCUUUGAGUUUGCCUUCUGACUGGAGGGAGGAAGAGGAGAUUGUGAUGUUCAUUCAGUCAGUUUUCAGGGCGCACUUAGCACGUCAAAAACGGCUUGAGGAGAGGCUCUCUGCCUCCAGUGCAGCAAGUGAAAAACCAGACCCUGAUACUUACAUGAGGGAGAAGAAACCAGUCUCACCAGCACUCAGGAAGCCUUCCCCUUCCCCUUCAGCCUUCACCUUGGCGCUUCAUGAUGCUGAAGACAGCGACCUGCCCGGUGAAGAAGUUGUAGAAGAACCUGCUGUAGAAGCGACAGAGAAGAGACCACAGGAACUCAAGGCUUCUUCCUGUCAGCCCUCUUUUGUUGCGUCCUCUCAGAAGCAGCUGCAGGCCACCAUCUCUCCACCUGUAGAUGAGGCUCACUCGGAUGAUUCAGAUGAUAUUAUUAUAGUCUCUCCAUCACGGAUGGUGAAGAAAAAUUACACCCGUUUUUAGAUUUGGGUGUUGCUUCUUCUCAUCUUCUUGCAAUCAUGAGGUCUGGGGCACAAAUAGAAGACAAUAUUUUCUUAUUUCUGGCAAGAUAAAACAUGUAGGAGGUUUAAAGGGGCAAUAGCAUGCUAAAAUCAUCGUUGUAUUCACCAUGUAAAAUAAUUUAGUUUUUAACCUCUCUACUGAUGUUAUGUUUCUGAUCUCUUCACUGUUUUUUUCUUGCCCUUUGUGUCUGGGGAAUGGAGAAGCUGUACUGUUCAGGAGUUGUACUUCACCAGUAUUCCUUUGGUGCCACUGGUGCUCACAGUACCUUCCAAUCAGAAAGGAAGAGUAGGUCCUUGCCUCAAAUAUGUUAUAAUCUAGACAUCAAUGCCUGCAACUGUUGUAUGUACCAGGUUUACUCAUCUGGGUAAUGUAGUGCCAAGUUGUGGGGGUGGGGCUGGAGGGGGAGGGAGAAGGGAAACAAGGUAAAGACAUAAUGAGAGACUUGAUACAUUAGACAUGAAUACACAGGCCUGGGACAAAAAUGAUACAUAAACUGGGGUAAGUGAUUGGAAACCGGUUCAAAUCUGUAACUCAACAGAAGUUCAGUACACAUAAACUGCUUUCAUAAUGGCCAAAACGAGCUUAAGGUAAACCUGGAUGGAGGUAGCAUCAGACUUAACUGAUUUAGCUUCAAUCGGUUUAUUACACUUCUGUCUCAGAGCCCCUCCAGAUUCAAGUUAAUUCACAGUCCCCCAGCAUCCUAGGAUGGUUUGCACCUCCCCUGCAAAUCCCCCCCUUGCAGGGUGGGCAGGCUAGUCCCGGCCCAAGCUGUCUGCUCCAGGAGCAGGGAGGUGUGCUCCAGCGCCCCCUGGCUUCUGGCCUGGGCCACUGCAGGCAUGUGGCAUUUCUGGAAUCAAACGUGUGUGUCUGUUCACUUGCUUAUUGGUUCAAUCUACGCAUUUUAGACUAAACUGUGAAGACUGAAUUGAUUCAGCCUCAGGCUUUUUGACUGUCUGCACUUAGCCACAGUGCUCUUGAAUGCCUGUUUGUAAAUUUCAGUAGAGCAGGGCAAAAUGUUUCCGAUGAACUAGUCAGUUUUAGAUUAAUUGAAAAUAUUUUUGAAUUUGUGCCAAAGUCAGGGACUAGUUUCAGGAAAAAAAGGAAAACCAAACUUUCAGAAAAGUCUAAACAAGAUAUUUUGACUUUUUUGUUUUGUCUUUGAAGCAAUGCUUUUGAAACGAAAUUAGCUUAAAUUUAAUUUUCAAGCAAAAGACGAUAAAACUCUGAAAAUGAAACACAAUAUUUCAGCUCAGACAGAAUGUUUUGGCUGAGCUGAAACUAAGUUUUUUUUCCAUUUUACUGGGAAGACUGAAAAAUCAAUUAUUCAUACAGCUGUUAAUAUUCAGUUUGUGUGUUCUAAAGAAAAUGAUGCUGUAAGGCCAGCUCUAUUUAUGUAAAACCUACCUUAAGUUAUAUUUUUAAUAUAUACUUUUUUUAAAUUUUACUGCUAAUUAUUUGAUAUACGUUAUUUGCAGACCUUAGUUGAAAGCUCCUUGGAAGCUACUUUUGUCUUAAGGCUACUCUGUGCCUGCCAUGUCUCCUCUUGAACUAAGUUACUGAAUUUCCCAAACAGGUACAGUAUAAAAUAUGAAGUACUGUAUCAGUGGGAGCCAACCUUUUUGGCAGGUAUGCCAGAAAUUAGCCCAGCCCUUUCUCUGAAUACUACUCCAGUCCCCUUCCUCUGCCCAGUCUGCUGCUCUGGGCUGGGAGCAGAAAGCAAUCGGCUGUUUGCUUUCUACUUCUUCCCCUGUGCUGCCUGCCUGACCUCCUGUUCUGCUUUCUGCCAUAUCUACUUCUGCCUGUCCCCUCCCUGAUCUGCUGUCCAUGCUUUGUGUGGUGCUCAUGCUGCAGGUUGGCCACCCCUGUACUAUGUUGUACAGGAAAUAUAUUACCAUGUUGCUCAUUAGAUAUCCCCUUAGUCAUGUCCUCAACAGGGAAUGCAAAAUGUUGGGGAGUGUUAUGUGAGAUGUAAAUGCAGCAAAACUGAGCUACAAGCAGGUUAUGCAGAGUUCUCUCUGACGUGAAAAUCCUUCAUGGAGGAGGUUCUUUGUUAUAGGUUCUCUCUUAGCUCACCUUCCUCAGCAGUGUCUGAAACAUUGUCUAGUGAGAUGUCUCAGUCAGCUGAAUGCUACUGUUUUUAAAAAUCUAAGACUAUUAUUUUGCUCCUGCAUAUUAAGUCCGAGUCUAUGGUUGUUUGCGUGAUGUACAAACAUUAUUGCUUGCAGCAACCCCACUGGGAAGGUGGAAGAAAUCAUAGCCUCAUUUCACAGUUGAAGAAAUGCCGGCACAGAAAGGUUAAGUGACUUAUCCAUGGUCAUGCAGGGAAUCUGUUGCUCUCUUAUUUCCCAGUCCUUUACUGUAAGUUUAUAGACCAUCUUUCUCCAGGAGGGAAGGGAGGUGAGCUGCCAGUAAUGCAAAGAGCUGAUUUAAAAUAAACAUAAUCUGUGAUCAGCGAAAAAGGAAUCUUAUGUUUUAAUAUUGGCUAUGGAAAGAAAGUAUGCUUUGGACUGCUCCAUUAAGGUUCACUGAGCAGGAAUGCAAAUAGAUGUCACAUACUUUGAAAGCAUCAGCAUCUUCCGUUCUUUAAUGGCAGUUUUCCCAUUCUCCUGAGGAGGAGGGUUAGCAGGGUGAAGUUGGAAGCUGCUUCUAAAGAACAAAGAACACAGGAACACCCAAAAAGGGUCAGAAGGUACUCCAUACCGUGGCUUGUGGUCCUGUCCAUUUAAGAUAAAAAGAGAGAACGUAUAUUAAUAAGGGCAGCAGUAGGAAUAAGAAUAAUGUGCAAAAAUUACUUGGUGUGGUUCAGUGGCUUAGGGAAUAUUAGUGAUCUUAAAUCACCAACUUAAGACCCUGUUGCUAAAACUACCGCUAAAGACUCUAAUUGACAGCAUUAUUCACAGUUUUGCCAGAAAACUGAAACCCUAAGAGAUGGAGAAAGGCCACAGUUCUUUCAGGGCAAGGUUUGGGCAUAAUAUCAGAGCAGAGCAGAAACUUGCACUGCUGCUGUCCAGGCUGCCCCUGUUCUGUGGAUAAAGAAGGGAUUUUACACUUCAGGGCUGUCAGGCCAGUACCUUUCAUAAACAUAACAUUCAUUUUCAGAGGUGAAAAAGAUGUUGUUUGCUGUUUACUGGAAAGGAAAUUUAAUUUUGCACAAAUAUGGGGAAGUUUUGCCAAGAGUUAAAUGGCUUCUUUAUGUCAAGGAACACUAGCGUCUCUUGCAAACCAAAGACUCCAGUUUUAAGUGUAAGAUUUUUAUCAACACCUCCCUCCGUUCCCUUUUUAAAUUAAAAAUCAGUCACCACAUUUUUGCUGAAUACUGAUAAGUCAGUGCUUUAUUGAAAGCAGAGGGCUAAGACUGCUGUUUAUCUGAGGCUUAUCAUAGUUCAUGCCAGUACCUGCAGCCAAAGAGGAAACGGGAUGGCUGCAGCACAAUGCAGCUGAUUUCAUUUAAUCCCAUCAGUGGAAAUGCUGUCUAUACCAUUUCCAAAGGCAGUUGUUGGGAGCUCUCCAUACCCACUGCAGUCUGUAGAAUGUCGUUUCCACUCCCAUUGGGUAGAUUAUGCCUGCUGUUACCUCAACCACGUGAUCAUCAUCUGCAGAGGGGUAGAAAAACAAUCCUCUUGGCAGCAGCUGAGAGAAGACGGUUUUCUCCUUUUCUGAAACAGUUACAGAAAUGGAGAGAAACUGUCCUCUUACUUGAGAGUGUGAGAUGCAUAUAUCUUGCUUAGGUCUGAUAUUUUGGGGCUUUAAACUGUAGGUAGGUAUCAUAGAUUUCUGUCUACAGAACAGUCAAAGCUCAGGACCCUGUUACUGUAUGGCACGUAGCAUGUCCCAGGGCCAAGGCUGUGCAAAAUGAUUUCCUAGCCUCUACUCUAUUGGGAGAUACUUGGAAGGCAAAUAUAAUGGAUAAGAUAGUCUCUUACAAUAGCAGACUAAUAAAGAGCCAUUAACAAAGCAUUAGGAACAAGAUACAGUAGAGAGUGGUGCUCAUGUAAGCAGUGAAUCCAUUUAAAAGGAGUUUUGCUGGAAGUGCUGGUGUUAGCGGACGAGUCUAAGAUAUUCUACUAUAGCGUUGGUGGGGUUCAUAAACACAGAGGGCUGUUGAGGGCAGCAGGACGGUGGUUUCCUGUGCAGUGGGAUGCAUCGAAAUGUGUCUGGGGAAAAACUAAUUUAAAGUUUGAAAUCCGAGAGCCAUCCAGAACCUUGUGGUGGUCUCUUGAGUGCCGCACUCCAAGCUCACCUUUUAAUUUAGAAGAGAGCUGUAGUCGUUUUAUAUGAGCGGCUUCAAAAAUGGGUUUCAAGUUGUAUCUGUGUGUCUCUGAAUCUCUGCAACAGAAGGCUGAAAGGGGGCUUGAAGAAAGCAAGGAGUGAUCUCAAAGUAGAUCCUAAUGCUACAUCAUUUAACUCUCCUCUCCCCUCCCCUGCCCUCCCUCCACUCACCAUGGAGUUUAGGAUAAUGAAAAUCAACAUAGUUCAGAUCUGUCAAGACAGGCCCCACACACACAUUUGGUACCUGUCAAAUGUUCUCUGAAGAAAGCACUGAUAACCUUGUAAGAGAUUCAAGGUCUGAAUGGAAAUUAAAACUGCAUUAUAAACUAUCUCAUGUAAUUGCAAACUUUCCACUGGCUGUUGUGGAAGUGCUGCCUCUGCUAAUGUUGCCCAUUUUAACCCUCUUGGGAUUCAAAGUUGGUAGUGUGUGUAUGUGCAUGAGUGUGUGUGUGUGUUUAGUCGAAAUCCAACUUUCAUGGGGGUAACAUCCUCAUGAUCCUGAAGUGCCUCAUGUAGCAUCUGGGCCUGAUAUGUUCAUUGUCUUCUACAUAGGUUUUGUACAAAAAGAAAAACCUCUACAAAGACGUUUUUAAUAUAGAAGAAAGGUAAAUUUAUUAAUCUUGGAACACUAGGAAGAGCCAUUAAGUUUUAUGAUCUUUUUAAUAUUUUAUUUAGAACUGUGCAAAUCCUGUACAUAAUUUAUAUGGGGAUCUUUCUGAAUUUCAGGCAAUUGUUAUGUAUUUUCCUCUAAUUGCUGAACAUAUAAAUAAAGUUGAAGUUUUCAAAUUAA